UGAGGGGGUGGUGAGGAUGAAUACGGGGUUCGAGAUGAUUUGGUGUGAUUUUGGGGGUGGGGGGAGUUUGAGGUUGGUUGGGAGGGGGAAUGUUACUGCGCCGCAGUUGAGGGAGGGGGAUGAUGAUGAUGGAGAGAAGACGGUGGAGGGGGAUGAGGUUGAGGGAGACGUGAAGAAGGCAGAUGGGAGGAUGCAUGGCGAAGAAGGGGUGCCGACGUCGGUGUACCCGCUCCCACCGCAGCCGACGCUGACAGACCGGCCCGUAAGCCCUUCCCGUCCGCCGAUGCCGCCCAACUGGCGCGAGAUCAUGGGUCCCGCCGAGCGAGAGCCGUUUUUGCAGACGCAGGGGUGGGGAUGGUUUGCUUCCGCGACGUGGCACUACGGGUCCAAUGGUCUCGGGCAGGGCAAAGGGGAGACGAGGGCGCGGGUGCUCGGGUGCGGGAUCACGAGCUGGUACGCGGAUCGAUUCUGGGGAUCCGGUGCGGAGGAGGAGCGGACGAGGUUGAAUCUUACUGCGGAGGGGUAUUGGACUGGUGAUGGAGGAGAGGGUGGUGUUGGGAACCGGAGUGAGGCGUUGGCGAAGCUUGGGAGGCGGAGAAGGAUGCAUCAUUUGGAGAAUGUGACGGCUGAGACGGCGGCGGGGAUGAGGUGGGAGACGGAGGUGAUGUUGAGGGAUGCGCUUGUGGGCGAGGGGGGGUGUAGUGGGAUGGAGUGGGUGAGUUCCAUGGGGGAGAUUGUGCAGCGGACGGCUGGGCAUUUGAUGGUUAUGGAGGAGGGGGCGAGGUUCGGCGGCGAUGGUGAUGGUGGUGACCGGGACUGGGGGAAUGUGACGGCGGUGAGGGAGUGGUUGUACAAGUUGCGUGGGCAGAGUCACAUGUUUUUGGUUUCUUUCCUGGAGUAUCCGCGCGAGAUUGAUAGACAGACGUGGGAUGUCCGGGGCGCGCUGUUUGCGGAGACGUAUUCGCGGUGUCGGUAUCGGUACACGAGGUUGAUGGUUGAUUUACCGCUCAGCGUGAGGGAGCGGGAUCUGAGGGACGCGGUGGAGGAGGUCAUGGGUGGCAUCUGCGAGGUGUUGCUGGAGGUAGGGUUCGGUAUCGAGAGGGCGUGGUAUGAUCUCGAGAGAGGGGAGACGUCGGAGCUGGAGGCUGCGAGCGAGAGGUGGGCGGACGGUGUGAGGCGGCUUCGGGCGUGGGUUGGUUGGGAAGGGGAGUUCAUCCGGUGCCGGGAGGUGUGCGGGUGGGAUGAGCGAUGCUAUAUCCCCAUGUGGCCGUUGUUGAGGUCCGUGUGGGGUGGCAGGAGACCGAGGCCGCCUCCGGAAGGUGGACUGGGGAACGGGACGGAGCCUGGGUAUGGUCCGCCGCCGCCGCCGCCGCCGUAUCGGGGUCGGGGACCUGGGUAUGGUGGGAACCAUACCGGGCCGCCUGGGCGUGGGAUGCCGGGGCGGAGUCCGAUAUGGAUGGGCGAUGAGACGGAUCUGUGGGAGCCAAAGUGCGUUAAGAUGGAGGAUAUCAUGCCCAGGGCGAGGGGAAACUAGAUUUCACUUGCGUCGUCAGUGAGUCAAUAUGAAUGGUGCUCAUGUUUCAGCUUCAUAGAUCAAUGUCAGUGAUGGCAAGAAGUCGGCGUUCGUCGAGCUGUCACGCUUGUCAAGGGCCGAGUCUGGUUCAGAUCGAAUCACGAUGAGUAUGCCGUCUAGGUAGAAACAAGUGAGGUCCAAUGCAGUCCACCUGGGAAGAAGGGCGUUCAAUUCUAUUUC